UGUUCCUAGAGUUAGCUGUACUUGUCAUUCAUCAGGAUGAGCACAGAAGGAAAAGCCGGGUGCCCGGGGCUCCUCGUUGCAUAACUCAGUACUGGGGAUCGAACUUAGGGCCUCCUUCAUGUCAGGAGACCAGGGCCAUGAGAGACUCCUGCGUCAGUGUGCCGCGGCAUACUUGAAGCUGAGGAUGAGCCCAGCACCUGUUUCUGUGGCCUGCAGUUGACUCCAGCCGGGAAAAAUCUCGCUGAGUCACCACAUUUGGCGAUCAGCUGGAACAGAGUGCCUCCCGAGGGGUCCCGGACCAGCCUCCAGCCCCACAACAGCAGAUCCUCACGUGACAGCCUCCCCAGGAGCCAGUUUCAUGGAGCAAACACAGAGACUCCUGAGCCAGCCCCCUCCCAUCCCCACUUCCCAGCCCAAGAAGAAAAGGAUGCCAGUGAAAUCUUUCUUUUCCAAGGUCUCUUGGAAACUGAGGUUGCAGAAGCGGGAGCCUUUGAAGAAUGCGUUUUUCAUCUUGGCAGAAAAAGCCCGGGAUCCUAAUGCUAUAAAGCGCCAUCUGGCAAUGAGAUGCCUGGGCACCAUGGCCUGUGAAGCCCCUGACAAGCAGGUAAGAAAGUACAAGAAAGCUUUCCUUGACCUCCUGGUGCAUGGGCUGUACGAUCCUGUGAGUUCUGAAGUUAUCCACGAGAGUGUGAAGACUCUGACCAUCAUGCUGGGCAAGAUCCAGGGCCAAGGCCUGGGCUCCUUCUUCAUAGACAUCACCCUUCAGACCAGGACUUUAUUGGAUGAUGAGAAUGACAGUGUGCGGUACUCGGCCUUUGUUCUGUUUGGGCAACUGGCUGCAUUUGCUGGGAGGAAAUGGAAGAAAUUUUUCGCCCACCAGGUUAACCAGACACAAGAUUCCCUCCUGACCCAUUUACAGGACAAAAGCCCUCAGGUUGCCAAGGCUUGCAAAACGACGGUUCGAGCCUGUGUUCCAUUUCUGAAACUCAGGAAGGAGCAGAGUUUCCAAAGUGAAGAAGAUCAGAGGAACCCCAGGCUUUCCCGGCAGCUGAGCCAUUAUCAUCCUGAGGUCCUGCUGUUCUUCUAUGCCAAUAAGAUCCUAUAAGUCCAGAGCGGCAGAGAAAAUGGCCCCAUGUGAGCGCCCUGCUCCGGGCAUCCUGUUCCCUCUGCUCUGUCUCAUUGGGUACUUCUUUGACUCUCCUCACGUGAAUGUAGCAGAAAAGAGGAUGUCAGAGAACAACUGGGGGCCGGGGAUCACCCUGGAAGAGUACCUCUGCACCCAAAGUAAAAUGCGACAUUACUUUCAUGGAUCUCAUUUCUUCUCUAUGUAAACAAAUUUGUUGAGAGGUAGACACUUCCUUUUCUAAGUUGUGUGCAUGCACAUAUAUGCACAUGAUUGUGGAGGUCAGAGGACAACCUCAAAUACUGUUCCUCAGGCACCAUCCACCUUUCCAUUGAAACAGGGUCCUUUAACUUGCUGGGGCUUGUAGAUUAGGCUAGGCUUGAUGGCUGGUGAGUUCCUGAGGAUCUGUCUCCUCCAAUGAGCACUGGGAUUAUAACUAUACUCCAGCGAACCCAGCUUCUUUAAAAAAAUUCUUCUCUCAUAUAUUAUAUCACUCAUAUAUUAUUUCUCGACC